AAGACGACUCUUUUUUUUCUUUCUGCUCAACCUUCUUAAAACCAAAAAAAAAAAACUGAGAAACUACUACAAAGUACUACAAACUACAAAAUUCUUCAUUAUUUUGCAGAAAUCCAUUUCUUAUCCACUACAUAUUUCGAGUAAUUUGGAAAUUUUGAAAAAAAAUAAUUAAAAAAUCCCUUUUUUUUUGUUAAAAAAAAAAAGAGAAAAAUGAUGGGUCAAUGUACAGUGAAAGAAAGAAGAAAAGUGAGAAAUUAGGUGGUAAGUAGAAUGGAGAAUGAAGGGUUUAUAAUUAGGUUUUGUGGGUAUUUUUUUGAAGAUAGAGGAGGUGGCUAAUUUUUUAAUUAUUUUUUUUAUUAUUAAAAAUAUAUUUAUAUUGUUGAAGCGUAAAUGGGUCAAAUGGAAGGUAUGGAGGUGGUGGUAAUGGAGGUGGAGGAUGAAGAGGAGAGAGAAAGUGGGUCCCAGGAAUUGAAAUGGGAGAAAUUUUUACCAAGAAUGGUGCUCAGAGUUCUUCUUGUUGAAGCAGAUGAUUCUACUCGUCAGAUCAUUGGUUCUUACCUUCGCAAGUACAAUUACAAAGUUGCUGCUAUUUCUGACGGAUUGAAGGCUUGGGAAAUCCUUAAAAAAAGGCACCAUAAUAUUGAUCUCAUAUUGACUGAACUGGAUUUGCCAUCAAUAUCUGGAUAUGCUCUUCUCACAUUGAUCAUGGAACAUGAUAGUUGCAAAGAUAUUCCUGUCAUAAUGAUGUCAUCCCAGGAUUCAAUUAGUACGGUGUUGAAGUGCAUACUAAAGGGUGCUGCUGACUUUCUUAUAAAACCUGUCAGGAAAAAUGAACUGAAAAACCUGUGGCGCCAUGUCUGGAGAAGGCUUGAUAACAAUGCUGGGCAUAAUCCCCAAAAUCUAACUGCUGGACAACAAAAAACUGAGGCCACACUUGAGAAUGUUUCUUCCAGCCAAAAAAGUAGUAGUUUCUGUGAAAAAGCUUUUGAUGCCAAAGGUCUCUCACACCAGGAAGAAACUGGACUCGGCAGCAGAGAAGGAAAACAUCAAUCCAAAAAUGUCAAGGUGGAGGAGGGAUUGUCCCUACACACCAGUGUGACAGAAGACAAAACAGAUGAAUUAGGAUCUUUUGUUCAACCCUCAAAAGAAGUAAAUAUCUCAACUUCUUUAAGAGUUGAAGAAGAUGGAUCUUGCACUGGUAUAGCAACUGAGGAUGGAAGCAAUGGCCCAGAAAAUCAGACGUAUAGUGCUGACAUUGUUCGCGAUGAACUACCAAAACAUUCAAUUGAAGCUGUAGACCUGAUUGGUAGAAUAAAUAAACAAUAUAGUGCAGCAGGGAAAGCAAGUUUCAAUGGAGAGUUUAGUGGGGACAAUUCUACUCCCGAGCUAGAGCUUUCUCUAAAAAGACCUCUUGACUCAGAGACCAAAGAAGUACAAGAGAAGCAUGUACUUCAUCAUUCUAGUGCCUCUGCCUUCUCACGGUAUAGCAGUAACAAGAGGCCUCGGACCACCUUUCCAUCAUCAGAUGUUGGUCUGCCAAAAGUCAAAGGUGCAGCUGAUCCUUCACCAGUACCUAAGACAUAUAGCAGCAAUAGGGGAAACAAACCCGAACCUGACAUUCUUGUUCCUCAAUCUGCACAUCGCGAUCCUGUAUCCCCAUGCCAUCAAACUGGGCUUACCCCCCUAUCAGGACAUGCAUUUGACAGUAGUGUUUGGACCAACUAUGGUGCUGUGUUCCAGCCCAUGUUCAGCCUACCACACACAGAUCAAAAAGCAAGAAGCUCAAACUCAGCAUUGCAAAACGAGGAGGCUCCUUUUCUGACAAGCCCUCCACUACAUUCUGACCCAGGGGCUCAUAGUUCUACUCAAGGAUGUGGUGAACCAAAGGUUGAGCCUGUAACUAAAGAAUCAGUUGAGCAACAUGGGUGCAGCAGUUCACAUGUUGUGGAUCCAAGUGGCAGUAGUACUCAUUGUAACGAUUUUGGUAGUCAGCAUAAGAUCAAUGCUCAUGGAAGUGCAUCCGAGAUUACUGAUGUUAAAGCUCCUGCUUCUGGCAUGAAGGGACCGAGUUCUGUCGAGGAGAGUGAAAAUUGCAAGCCUGUCGAACAUCAGCUCAGGAAGACAAUGGGUAUUCAUUCUGCUGAAAGAGAAGCAGCUCUUGCCAAGUUCAGGCAAAAACGAAAAGGUCGAUGCUAUGAGAAAAAGGUGCGGUAUCAGAGCAGGAAAAGACUAGCAGAGCAACGACCAAGGGUGAAGGGACAAUUUGUUCGACAAGUCGCAAAUGAUCAAGUGCUUGCUGAUGAUAAAGCAUAGACUUGAGGUUCUUGUUAAACUUGACCAUUCAUAUCAGAUAGGGUGAAGGGACAAUUUGUUCGACAAGUCGCAAAUGAUUACGUGCUUGCUGAUGAUAAAGCUUAGACUUAAGAUUCUUGUUUAAACUUCACAAUUCACAUCAGGUAAGGAAGAAAGAACAAGGAUCAAAGAAAUUUAUAAAGAAACCAGUUCACUGUUAGUGAUGUGGAUACUUGUAGGAACUUAGGAACAUAUAACAAUUAGGAAGUUGCAGCUGAAAAUGCUUUAUCUGAAGCAUAUGUUAUACUUGAUGAGUUUCUUGCCAGAUAUAGAGAAUAUAUAAAGCUAGUAUUACAUAAUUUCUUUUAACAAUUAUUUGAUUGAAGGUGGUUUUGUAAUUAUUUAUAUGUGGGUGAGCUUAUUUAGUUAAGUAGUUAAUGAUGAAAUUUGUGAUCCUGCACCUUUGUGGUAUUGUAACCUUCAUAAUUGUGAAAUAAAGAUCAGAAAUUGUAAUAUUAUCUAAACAGUGAGUAGUGAUAGUUAUAUAUCAGAUAGUGGUAAAAUAACACUUUUAUCUCAUCCAUGAUGCUGGGAUUCUAAGCCUUGUAAGACACAUUUUCAGUUUGUCACCUAUUAGACCUUUUGAAUCGUUUAUAUCACUAACUUUUUAUA